GGCAUGUCUGGAUGAAUUUGGUACAGAAGAAUGACUGCUGAUCUCACAAAAGCAGCUCAAUAUUGCAGAAAGUCAGUAGUCCCAAAAGAGUUGAGUCUACAAACAAAGGCCUGCCCUAAUAUAUUAGGUGCGAUCUUGUAUCGAACUAAAGGAAACACGCUUGGAGGCAUUGACAUCCUGUGUGCUAUAGUGAUGGCUCUGUGGUCGUUGACUCACUUCCUGAGUAGGCUACAUACAAGUUUUCAUGUUCGCAUUUGGCUGAGAGGUGAGGCCGUGUAGGGACAAAGAUUAUUGGAGUCAGGUGGACAGUCUGUGAGAAGAAGGCAAAAAAAGGCGCGAAGACAAAGACAACCUCAGGGACAUAUUGAAUUGACUUGUUGCUGUCACAAGGAUGAGCUUCAGACUCUUUUUCCUGGUUUUAGCGGUGCCAUUUGUUUGCCAAGCACAAAACAUAACAGAUGCACAGGAGAACAUGACCGCAGAAGCUUCAACCACUUUGGCGCCUGCUGACACGAAUACAGCAACGCUGCUGACGCUGUCCCCUCACAACCACACGUCGUCAAACCAAACGGCCCAAACGCAAGAAGACGGACGAGAAAGCGUAACAAUCAGCAACGACCAGAGGACCACAUCGGUGGAAGACGUCACUGUGGCUUCUGAGAUGGUGCCGAGCAGCACAACAAAGGCGGCAUCGGCUAAGAGCGCGCAUCCUUCAACAUGGGGUUACAUCCUGCUGGUACUGCUGCUACUUGUCAUCCUCAUCCUGCUGGUCAUCCUAUACUUGCUGAGGAGGGCGUCCCGGACGUACUCGUUUGACCUCCGUCGUGCGGCUCCCGUCAGAAACACAGAAGACCCCGCUGGCAAAUUUGAGGCCAUAUGCUUGGAUGAGGAAGACCAACUGACCCCGAAAGACGGAGCGACUUUGGGUGACCUAUCUGUGUUGCCGACUGCUAACGGCUUGGCGCCCCAAUCACAAGAGAAUGCUCAGGAGGACGACGCCAACGUGAACCACUUGAAGGUUUCGGACAUCGGAGACUCAAAUGGGAUGAUUCCAGAUCACCCAGUUGAGACGCCAGACAGCCCUGCGCUGCGUCUAAACAACUCUGACAAAGACAACACAAGUCUAUAUGCUUCCACUGACUUGUUAGAUGGAAUGGAAUUAAACGAGUUGUUACCGUUCAACCAGAUCAUCACUUCUCCAGAAUCUUCUUCCUCCUCUUCCUACUGAUGUGAGCGAUGUGGAGGUCUUUCGUCUUGCUUUCCUCUCUUGUGGUCCAACAGUGUUUUGUUGAAAGUAGUGGUAUAGAAGUAUUUGUAAUCAGAUUUUUCUGUAAGCAACAUUGGGCAUACAUAUAGUACAGAAGUGUUAAAGUGGGGAUGUUGAACUAUAUAUAUUUUUUAGCUAUUUAGAUUUGUAAGUUUGUAUGUUAGUAUGGAAUAGGAUUGUCCCGAUACCAAUAUUUUGGUACCGGUACUGAAAUGUAUUUCGAUACUUUUCUCAAUAAAGAGGUCCAUACAACAAUGGCA